AUGGCCGCGACGGCCGGCGCCCGGACUGAUGGCGCAUCCAGCAUCCAGGUCGCCGUCCGUCUGCGUCCAUUCACCGUGCAAGAGGCGGCGCAAUUGCAGAAGAGCGACGAUGGUCCGCUGUUUCUCGGCGAUGGCUCCCUCGCCGCCGCUCCCAAAACGAGACUAGGCCAGAAGGGCAUCCGGAGUGUUGUGAAGGUGCUCGAUGAGAAGACUCUGUGUGUAUACAUUGAAUUUUCGUAAUGGUGAGCCGUUCCUAAUAACCACGUUCACAGCAUAUUCGACCCGCCCGACGACAAUGCCGUCCACCGCUUCGGUACCAAGUAUCUGCCCAGCGGCAAGAAGACCAAAGAUCAGACAUACGGCUUUGACAAAGUCUUCGAUGAGAAUGCCACCCAAGUCGAUGUCUACGAGGCAACUACCAAGAACCUCCUCGACUCUGUUAUGGACGGAUACAACGCUACCGUCUUCGCAUAUGGUGCGACGGGUUGCGGAAAGACGCACACGAUCACCGGCACCUCCGCCUCUCCCGGCAUCAUCUUCAUGACCAUGCAAGAGCUAUUUGAGAAGGUCGACGAAGUGAACGAGGCGAAAGAGAGCGAGAUUACGCUGUCAUACCUCGAGAUCUACAACGAGACCAUCCGCGACCUGCUCAAUCCCGAUGCGAGCGGCAAGCAGAGUCUCAUGCUGCGCGAGGACAAUCAGCAAGCUGUGUCGGUCGCCGAUCUGACCUCACACCGACCGCAGAAUGUGCAAGAGGUCAUGGACAUGGUCAUUCGCGGAAACGCCGCGCGCACACAAUCACCGACCGAAGCCAAUGCCACGUCUUCACGUUCACAUGCUGUACUUCAGGUCAAUGUAUCCUUGAAGGACCGCGAUGCUUCUGUCCACGAGCCCGUCACCUUCGCCACGCUCUCUAUCAUAGAUUUGGCCGGAUCGGAGCGAGCUUCUGCGACCAAGAACCGCGGUGCCCGUCUCCAAGAGGGCGCAAACAUCAACAAGUCUCUGCUCGCGCUCGGCUCAUGCAUUAACGCCCUGUGCGACCAGCGCGGCAAGACUACUCACGUGCCAUAUCGCAACUCAAAACUCACUCGCCUGCUGAAGUUCAGCUUGGGAGGCAACUGCCGAACCGUCAUGAUCGUCUGCAUCUCCCCAAGCAGCGUUCACUACGACGAGACUCAGAACACACUUCGCUACGCAAACCGGGCAAAGAAUAUCCAGACCAAGAGCGUACGCAAUAUCUUCAACGUCGACCGCCACGUAAAGGACUACGUGAAGAAGAUCGAGGAGCAGCGCCAGACCAUCGACAGGCUGAACGCGGCCCAGAAGAACCACGACGAGAUUGCACUCGCCAAGGUUCUCAAGUUGGAGGGCAAGAAGUACGAACUUUUCAAAGCGUGUCUUCAGCGCAUUCGGCUGGCAUAUGCACAUUCUUCCCAGGAGCGCGGCGAGAGGAUCACUAUCGCUGUACGCUUGUCCAUGAUCAGCAAUCGCAUCAGCAUUAUCAACGCCUGGAUCGGGAACUUCGACGAUUGCUGUGCGAACCGCGAAGAUGAAGAGCCACCGGCCUCACUGCUCGCAUUCCGCAAGACGGCGACCGGCAUUCUGAUUGAGCUGGAGGCAAGCCGCCAGCAUCAGCAUCAGCAGGAACAGAAGAACAAUUGGACUCGUGCAAUUGAGACUGCGCUUGCAGAAGGUCGGCGUCAACUGCAGAGUCUCAAGAGCUCCUCCCCCGACAUUGCGAUUUCCGAGGACGACGCCGUGGACAGCGUCGAGGCACUGGCUCUGCACAUGGAGGUUGACAAGCUCAAGAUGCAGGCAGAGCUGGACAUGAAUCAUGCCAUCAUGAAGCAAUUGCGAGGAAGUGAAGCUGGACUCAUGCACAUCUUGCAGUCGUCUCAGUUUGAGGCCAUCGCCAUCAUGAACCAGAUGCUUCACAUGAGCGAAGAGGAUGCGGUCAAGACAGCUCGCUCCAUGCUCGGCAAAGUCUUCAAUGCCAGCAUUGAGUCUCUCGGCCAGGUCAUCAAGCCCGACGGUGGCCUUCAGAUCGUCGAAGCUGUCCCACCAUCCAGGGCCGGAACUCCAAAGAAGAAGAAGCUGAUGCUCAAGGAGCCGACUCCAAUUAAGGAUAAGAUUCGGCUAUCGAUGGCUCUGGAGGGUCGUGCCUCUCCCAACGCAACAUCCUCUCCAAAGCGCGGCAUGAAGGAUCUUCCACGGUCGGUGGCAGCAGAUAUGCAUCCUCCAACUCCGCGCUCUGGCCCAAGUCCUGCCCGUGGACACUUGGCGAGUCCUAAGAGGCGCGUCAAGGUCGGCGGGCUCGGACGCAAGGCAUUCACUGGCAGCACUCCUAAGAAGAGAUCGCCAACGAAGAAGCAGCGUUCUGUGCGCUGGCCAGAUCAGGACGAUGCAGAUGGCUCGCUCGUCGAGUACAGCGCUACUCCCAAAGCAUACUACUCUGGUGGGAGCCCAUUCAAGCCGACUCACUCUCAGAGUGAUACCAACGAAGCCGCAAAUGCUUCUCAGCCUGCCUUCACCCUGACUUCCGAUCCAAACACUCUGCAGGCCGAGAUCCCAUCGAGCCCACUUCCUGCACCUCCGGUCGCAAGCAGCGAGGCCUCGAAAGCUCCAGGUACCGGCAGAUUCGCAACCGGCUUUCUCUCCAAGAAGGGCUCCUCAGACAACUCCUCUCCAACCUUGAUGCCACCGCCACCGUUCCUCAGCCUUGCCUCGCUCUCUAGUGACGACGAGUCCAGCCCACUGAGGGCGAUCGCCGGCAAUGGACUCGCUCGCGCAAAGUCCAAGCGCAAGGACAGCCCAAUGGACAGCCGCACGAACAGCGAUCUCUCGGCUUCCUCCUGCAGCGAGAGCGACAAGAAGGAGAUUGGCGCAGUCGUCCGUCAGAGGAAGCGCACUUCCAUCGGGACCAACACCGCCGCUCGUGUCCGCAGUCGUGAGAGCAUCCAGCAUGCUCAUCGUCGUCGUAGCCCGGCUGCCAGCUCGCCGCCUUCCGACACCAGUUUCAGUGGCUCCAGCUCCCGUCGCUUCCCUGGCCACCGUGAAGAUGUUCGGCACAGCAUUCUCAGCCCCAAUUUUGCUCCCAUCACCAAACGUGGUCCCGCGCUCACUCAUCGCCGUAGCAUGGUCGAGAUGAACGGCACUCCGCGUACUGAUGCCUACAAAGCUCCCGUUCGACCAGGCGGCCGGGUCUCUAGCGUCGUCCCCGGCAGUUUCGCCCGUCCUGGUAGCAGCGCAGGCACAAAGGGACCAUGGCGUUGA